GUGAAAAACUUUUCUCCUACAAAUAACGCGGAGCACUCCGAAACCUUAAUUCUUAACAUGGAUAUAAACCUAAGAGAAUUCAGCUUCUGCGUUGAAAGAUACAGAGAAGAAAGGCAUAUUAAUACAAAUCAAGAAACCAAGAUGAUCCGAGUAAUGGAUGAAAGAGAAGUCAGUCUUCAUUCACUGGCAAUUCCAUGCAGAUUGUUGAGGUUUAUUGUUCCUUUUGGAUUGCUCAGAACAUUCGCAGGCCAGAGAUUAUUUGCAGACCAAUGCCAGAUUUUGUGCGAUUUCAUAUCGGUGAAGCUUGCAGAAGAGGCAGCGAAGCCUGUGAUUUUGGGUCCCCGUUUACAUGAUAAGUGUAAAUGAUGCCAUGGAAAAGAACUCAUUCAUGUUCGACUUUUACUUUUACCACUUAUUGAAAUUCUAUAAUGUUGAGAUUUUUACUUUUCUUAUACAGAUUCUUCGUCAAUUGUGGUUUCUUGAUUUAAUUUUAGGUACAGUAUUACGUUUGAAAGAAAAUUGCAGCAUUGGUCACCAA